GCAGCGCUGGCAGGAUCAGGGGCUGUGCGAGAGCCAGGGCUGGCGGCAGCAGCAUGCGUGCGGUGUCUGAGGCUCAGGGCACGAGAACCACGUAAGGUGCCCACUGGAGCCUCCCCCCUCACCUGCCUCUGCCUCCCCUGGCAAAAACUUCACGGCUCUCUCACGCACAGUCCGGGCUUCUCCGGGGGGGCUUGGCACCGACAGCCGCAUGCAUGACACUCCGAAAAGGAGAGAAAAUGACCAUAAGUAUCCAGGAGCACAUGGCUAUUGACGUCUGCCCCGGCCCCAUCAAACCCAUCAAGCAGAUCUCCGACUACUUCCCCCGCUUCCCCCGCGGGCUCCCCGCCGCCGUCGGCCGCAGCAGCACCCUGCGCUCUGCCGUCAGCCAGCCCUCCGUCAGCCCCGCCGAGGCCCCCCGUGAAGAGGACGAGGACGUGGAUCAGCUUUUCGGGGCGUAUGGCACGACACCCACCGAGCAGCCGGCCAAGUGCCAAGCACCCGAGGAGCUGGUGGACCCCGAGGGCUACGAGUCUGACGACUGCACCACGCUGGGGACGCUGGAUUUCAGCUUGCUCUAUGAUCAAGAAAACAACGCUCUCCACUGCACGAUCAAUAAAGCCAAGCUGCCAAAACUUGACUUCAAAAAGGGCCUGAAGCCAAUGGACCAUAAUGGUUUGGCUGAUCCAUACGUCAAAUUGCACUUGCUUCCCGGAGCCAGUAAGGCAAACAAGCUGAGAACCAAAACGCUGCGCAACACGCUGAACCCCACCUGGAACGAGACGCUCACCUACUACGGCAUCACCGACGAGGACAUGAUCCGCAAGACCCUGCGGAUCUCGGUCUGCGAUGAGGACAAGUUCCGCCACAACGAGUUCAUUGGGGAGACGCGGAUCCCGCUGAAGAAACUGAAGCCCAACCAGACCAAAAACUUCAACAUCUGCCUGGAGAAGCAGCUGCCGAUAGAUAAAACAGAGGACAAAUCGCUGGAGGAGCGCGGCCGGAUCCUCAUCUCCCUCAAGUACAGCUCGCAGAAGCAGGGGCUGCUGGUGGGCAUCAUCCGCUGCGCCCACCUGGCCGCCAUGGACGCCAACGGCUACUCAGACCCUUAUGUCAAAACUUACCUGAAACCAGACGAGGACAAGAAAUCAAAGCAUAAGACAGCGGUGAAGAAGAAGACGUUGAACCCCGAGUUCAAUGAGGAGUUUUGCUAUGAGAUAAAGCACGGCGACCUGGCAAAAAAGACCUUGGAAGUCACAGUGUGGGACUACGAUAUCGGGAAAUCAAACGAUUUCAUAGGUGGAGUCGUGUUAGGAAUUAACGCCAAAGGCGAGCGGCUGAAGCACUGGUUCGACUGCCUGAAAAACAAGGACAAGAAAAUCGAGCGCUGGCACACGCUAACGAAUGAGCUGCCAGGGGCCGUCCUCAGCGACUGAGCGCCACGGGGCCGCCCCGGGCGGGCACAGCUCUGCCGGCCACGGCCUUUGGACUUGGCGCGUUUGCGGCUUUGGAUACGGGGGAUCGUGGUACCGGGGCAGCCGGGAGAGCGGGACGCCCCACGCCACGGCCUGGCUGCAGCGAGACCCUUCCCAGGGAGCGAGGCAGCGGCGGUUUGUUCUGCUCGGCAGGUCCCGUCCCCUGAGGCUUUUCCAAAAUGCCUCUUUGCACCCUGACACACUCACGCGCAUGCACAUGCACGCGCACACACACACGUGUGCACACACACACACACACGGACACCACACGCCUGCAUGCACUGCAGUUCUGACUCCUCCCCUAACUCUUUGCUAUACUGAAUUACCUUCUCGCUGCCUUGCAAUUCAGUGGCAAAAAUGAAUGCAUCAGUCUCCGUUUGUGUAUUUAAUAUGAACAAAAGGCAUCACUAAAACCCGGAACUAUUUUCUCAAGGCGAUUGUGCCAUAUUUCUGGUGGUUUGUCAGUCUCUGUGGUUUGGGCCUAAACAGUCUUUUAUGCAUUUAAAGCUCCUCCCUUGGAAUGAUUGUGUCCCCUGGUAACCUAGGAAGACUAUUUGCUUUUCUUCCAGAAGUGUUGUGCUCGUCCUCUCCAGUACCCGAUGGGAAGUUAGCCAGCAAGCUGAAUGCGCUGUGCGGACCACGGCUUCCCUCUCGCGGUCCCCGGGAUCGGGUGGCUUCAUGUUUGCAGAGGUGGGGGGCAAAAUAAAAAUC